AUGGUCCUCUCCACUUCUCAACUGGCAGGGGCAAUCCUAGCAGUCUUUCUCAGCAUCAUUGCCUUCACCACUUGGGGCCCCUUCAAUGCAACUUUCGACUAUGUGGUGGUUGGUGGAGGCACAGCGGGUAUCACUCUUGCUGCACGCCUGGUCGAGUACGGCUUUCGUGUUGCGCUAGUGGAGGCGGGCGGCUAUUACGAAAUAAAGCACCCUAUUGCUCAAGUCCCAGGGGCAGCAAUUCUAGGGAUUGGGGCUGAUCCUAAAAUCUCGUCCUUUGUCGACUGGGGGUUCGUGGUCCAUGGCGGUGCGGGCACAGGCUUUCGUGACAUCCAUUACCCGAGGGGCAAAUGUAUGGGUGGAUCACCAUCCAAGGAUGCCAUGAAGAGGUGGGCAGAAGUCACCGACGAUCCAAGCUACCUAUUCGAAAAUGUCCUCCCAUUCUAUCAACAGACACCAAAUUUCACACGUCCCGAAUAUCGAACGAGACUCGUCAGGACCCUAUACAAGGAAUCUGCUUUUAGUGCCUUUGGCGGGCCAGUGCACGUAUCGUAUCCACAAUUCCCCAUGCCAUUUUCGUCCUGGGUACAGGAGGCCUUCACGGAAGCCGGAAUCCCUGAAGCAGAAGACUUCAAUAGUGGAUUUCUUCUUGGCCACCAGUUCUGCGCGAUGACCAUCCGGGCCUCGGAUCAAAAAAGAAGCAGCUCCGAAUCUGCUUUUCUUGGGGCCACACAUCUAGGCGAUUUGACAAUAUACCAGAAGACUAUGGCAAGCAAAAUUCUGUUUGACAACCAAAACCGAGCGGUCGGAGUAAGAGUCAAACACUUUUUAACACACACGUUGACAGCAACCGAGGAAGUUAUAGUUUCCGCUGGGGCCUUUCAGUCUCCACAACUUCUCAUGCUUUCGGGAAUUGGUCCUGCCGAUCAGCUUAACCGUUACGGGAUUAAGGUCAUUGCCGACCGUCCUGGCGUGGGCCAGAAUAUGUGGGAUCAUGUUUUCUUUGGACCAUCAUACCCGGUCGCCGUGAGAACUUUCACCCAGCUGACACAAAGCUGGGAUGACCUUUUGUCACAGGUAAAAUAUUGGCUUAUUUGGCAUACCGGGUUCUUGACAAAUCCAUCAACGGAUUAUCUUGCAUUCGAAAAACUCCCACAACAAUAUCGAUCUAUUCUGUCACCGGAAGAUGAGAAUGAUCUUUCCUGGUUUCCCCCUGAUUGGCCGGAGGUGGAGUAUUUAGCAGCUGCAGCUUACGUAGGAAAUUACUCGAAUCCCUUUAAGCAGCAACCCUCGACGGGCCAGUACGGCAGCAUUGUCAGCACUCUCGUUGCACCCACUUCUCGUGGGAAUGUGACUAUCAGGUCCGCAGACAUAACUGACCCGCCAAUAAUCAAUCCAAACUGGCUAGCGACCGAAACAGAUCAAAGAAUGGCAGUGGCUUCAUACAGGCGAAUUCGGGAUAUAUUCGACACCGAAAUAAUGAAAUUGAUUCUUGUUGGAGAUGAGUACUUCCCGGGCCCCGAAGUCGAGACAGAUGAAGAGAUCCUUCAAGUGAUCAAGAAUUCAAUGAUGACAAUAUACCAUGCCUCAUGUACCUGCAAAAUGGGUGUUCAGAAUGAUAGCAUGGCGGUUGUUGAUAGCCGUGCAAGAGUGUUCGGAGUAUCUGGGCUGAGAGUAGUUGAUGCCAGUGCCUUUCCGUUUCUGCCCCCUGGCCAUCCCCAAUCCACUGUUUGUGAGUGUCCCUUCUCCAAGGAACUUGGCAUGAUACUGACUCCAGAGCUUUCUUCAAGAUAUGUUGGCUGA